AUGACACUGGUGAUGGCCCCAGAAGACCUGGGACGUACUUCAUCAGCACUCGAGGCACCACGCAUCAUCCCACGUGCACCUCGACUUGCCGUGCCGGAUCAAGACGGCAAUUUGCGCAUCGACGAAGCACAUGUUCAGCUUAUUCAGCCAGACCAGGCAGCUGCUACACGGAAUCUACCGCCAGAGCAGGUUGCAUCUUCGAAUGGGUUGACUUCGCUGCAGGAGUUGCAGUAUCAAGCUCAUUUGGAGCAGCAACUACUUCAAUCUCGUUUGCAGCAAUUGCACGGGACUGACGCAAGUUUCGGUGGCCUCCUGCAGCCAAGCCAAUGCCCGUUCCUCCAUCAGAAUGCGAACCAAAACGGUGUUCCCAACUUCUGGAUGCCGCACGUGCCAAUGCCGGAAAGCUUGCACCCAUCGCCUUUCGCCCGAGCACCACAGCACUGUCAGCAGUGCGUGAACCACCAGGUGGCACAGCCACCGCACUCGUGGCAGUCGUGGCAGUGCCAGUGCAACCAUGGCAACCCCAACCCGCCGGCGGGCAUGGCACCGUGCUUGGAGCCUCAGCCUCACUCAGAUCUUUCAGCCUUUCAAGAGCCGGUUACGCAAGUCCAAAGCAUGGGAAAUGACAUGCUGCCGUCCCUCCUGCCUCCUCGCGGAUUGGAUGCUCCGAAACUUGUGCUGAAGCCCUUGGUGCCGCCUCCGCCUGUCUCGGCUCCUUUGGGGCCGCAUCCUGUUGAGAUGGGAUUGGCCUGGCCGGAACAGCAAGGACAGGGCCACCGGGCCCCAGCGCAGGCGCCCACGCUGCCUCCGAUGGGGGGCGUCACUCAGUCGGAGCACUCGUGGCCCAUGACAGCCGGUGCAAGCGGCCACUGCGGCGAUCCAGGUCUGCAUCGCAUGGCAGGUGUCACCGCCAAGCAGGACAAGGAGAUUCUGGACACCUUGCAUUCCAGCGGUUUCGCCGUUGACUUCGGCAGUGCAGAUCCUCGGUCAGACAGGGAUCUUGGCCAGAUGAUCGACACCAUGGCCACACAGGGCAGUGCACAGAGUGCAUCCGAAGUGCAAGCGGCUCGGUCUUGGGCAUCUCGGAGUGGACGUCCACUAGAACAGGUGACUGAGAACGCUGAGAUUUCUGGCUUGUCUUCGUCACGGCCUGACCGAGCUGCCUCCAAGCCACUCCCACACCGUGCGGAUGUGCAACUUCGAAGCGGGCCGCUGGUCGCCGCAGAGGAGUUCUUGCGAAGUUACAGGCCUCAAAUGCACUUGCAAAGUCUCGUGUAUCCCAAUGGUACAAAAGUGGACUUCACCGAGCUGGCUCCGGUGCUGAGGGCCGUGGCGGUCGCGAACUCUCAGUCCGCUGCUCGGAUGCUGCAGGCCAUCGAGUCCGGCUCCCACGUGAGGACUGCGCUUCAGGUCUUUCGCGAGUGUGACGCGGAUGGUUGUGGCUUCUUGACGUGGAGCAACGGAGGAAUACGGGAUUUUGUCAUGGCCGUUUUUACUCAGCUGGGUCUGGUUCCACCCGCCGAGAUGCAGACAUAUGCCGCCCAUACCCUCUUCGACAUGAACAGGACUAUGUGUCUUUCAGCGUGUGACUGCCUCUGCCUGACUGACACGCUUCUGCGUGCAAUUUUUCUGUUCAGUUCAGAGGAUGCUCCGACAAUGCAGGCCGAGCCUGCAGCCAAAGUGCGUUCAAGUGGCUCUAAGCGAAGUCCUCGCCCCGUGGUGCCUGUGGCAGAGGAGCUCGCAGAAGCCCAGGCUGAGACAGAAAGGCUGAGGCAAGAGCUGGAAGAGCUGCAAGCUGCAGAAGCCCAAGCAGACGCCAUGGCUGCAGACGACAAGGAAGUGCUGGGCCCAGAAGUGCUCUCUGCCCGCCACGGCAGAGGCAUUGGCGACACAUCCGCCCUGGUGUGGACUGCCAGGGCACAUGCUGAAAACAGCCGCUUGGAAAGAGAGCUGAAGAGCCUUCGCUCCUUGGCAAACAGGCAGCGUGGUGAAGUUCACUGGCUGCAUGAACUUCGACAGCAGCUGCAGACGGCCUGCCGGCAGGAGGAGUUGGAGAGGGAGCAUCAGCAGCUUAUGGAACUGCAGGAGGAGGAUGCAGAGGGAGAGCUGCGAGAACGGGACCUCGAGCGUCGGCGAGAGCAGAGACUUGAAGCCUUGGUUCAGGAGCGCCAGGAAAGGCGCGAGCGCAUCGAGCAGCGCGAACGGGAACUGCAAGAGCAAGAGCUUGCUCACGACCUGGAGCAGCAGCGCCUCAUGCGAAAGGAGCAGGACCUGCAGCAGCGAGAGAGAGAGCUUCGGAAGGAAAGGGAGAAGAGGCUGCAGCAAGCGGAGGCGCUGCGAGGCCAUGAGCUGGAGUUCUCGCGGGAGCUGGGACGGCUGAAAGGGAGCAGCAGCCCGCCGCUGCAAAGAGCCGAGGAGAUGGCUUCGCCGCCAAGUGCGAGUUCAGAUCGCCUGGAGCCCGAGGAGGAGGCGGAGGCAGACUCCGCUGAAGUGGCGGCACAGGCGGCCGCACAGACGUUGGAGAACCGGAAGCUGCGACGCGAGCUGGAAAGUCUCCGAGCAUUGGCUCAGUGGCAGCAGAGCGAGGUCGGAGCGGUUCUGGCAUGUCGUCCUGGCGACUUAACCCGGAGGCCAGCCGACGAGAUGCCCGACUCCCAAGGGCAGCAAGUGGUUGGUUCUUCUCGGCCCAGAGGAUCGCUGGUGAUGGCUGCCUUGGCCGGCGAAGCUCUAGUGGAAAGAGCAGAACGUGAUGGAGCUCUGCAGGCGCCGGCCGUCGAAGGCAUGGACGGCACAGGACGACGUUUGGGUUGGCGUCCAGAACCGUGCGGCCAGGAUGCAGCAGCCCUGCACUUUCGGCAACAAGGUCUGCGAAACGGCAUUCAGGAGUACGACCGCACUGUGCGCGAGCUUAUGUCGAGGGUCUUGGGUCGAGCGGACGAUGCAGGUCAUGGUUCACAUCCAGAGAACCGCGUGACAGAGCCGCUUGCAACAUAG